AUUAUGUGAGCUGGUUGUGUUGUUGACAAGCCUGUCGCGUAACAAUUACUACUCUAUGAGUAUUGACUAUUUCGGCUGUCCUAUGUUACUGAACAAGUGGAUGGGAUUUACCGUCCGGGGCGAAGCUAAAUAUUUACGGGUCUUUUGUCAGUGCUCUUCUUGAGUGCAAGGAGUCGGGAAAAUGAGUGGGCCACAGAACAAUGACUUAAAAAGACAGUUUCUAAUGGAACGUUUAUUGGAUGCAGUAAAGCAGUGCCAGAUAAGAUUUGGAGGACGCAAAGAAAUUGCUUCAGAUUCCGAUAGCCGAGUAUUUGUCUGUGUGCUCAGUUUUGAAGCUGUACUUCAGCAUGGCUUGAAGAGAAGCAGAGGAUUAACUUUAACGCAGCAGCAAUUCAAACAGGCAGCAGGAUUCGCAAGUAAAACAGAGACAGAUCCAUUGCUUUGGGUGUAUGUGAAAGAAAUUCUUAACAAGCAUGAACUUCAGAGAUUCUACUCCUUGAAGAACAUUACUACUGACAUUGGGAGGGGCCGUGCUUGGCUGCGCUGUGCUUUGAAUGAACAUUCUCUUGAGCGUUACUUACAUAUGCUGCUUGGAGAUACAAACAGGCUUAGUUUCUUCUAUGAAGACUGGUCAUUUCUAUUUGAUGAGGAACGUUCAAGCAUGCUCCCUACCAUGGCAGCAGGCUUAAACUCUAUUCUUUUUGCUAUCAACAUUGACAAUGCAGACUUAAAUGGACCAGCAAAGACAGUUCCUAUGGUGUCUCAUCUUCUAAAAGAGUCCACUCAGAGUGUCACCUCCUUGCUUAAGGAAUCCACGCAAGGUGUCAGUAGUCUUCUUCGAGAUAUCACUUCAUCCUCUGCUGUUUCUAUCCUGAUCAAGCCAGAGCAGGAAUCUGACCCUCUUCCUGUACUUUCAAAAAGUCUUACUACUGAUGGCAAAGCUAAAAAGGAGCGCAAGAAAAAGAAAAAAAUGUUGACUAUCAUCUCAUUUGAUGAUGAUGGAGAUAUGGAAGACCCAGAUCUUGUGAAUGUUUCAAAGACUCCGAUGAGUAGCAUAGAUAGUUCAGAGAAGCAGACUGACAGGUCCUCAGAAGUUUUACCUCACUUUGAAGCACAGUUUCAACUGGACUUACAUGACAAAGAAAAUGAUCACUCUUCUUGUGUUAAUGGAGAAUUAGACUAUCCAAAGCUGGUCGUGAAAAGCAUAGCUAAUGAAGAGCUGGAUGACUAUGACACAUAUGAACCAGAAAUUGUCAGCUGGUCCGGAGACAGAGACAAGAGUGCUUCCUGUGAACAAUCAGUGAGAAAUCUGCUUGAUUCUGAGAUGGAGCAUUCUUCAAUACUAAGGCUGGAAAUUGAAAACCUGAGGAGGAAAGUGGAAGAACAGGAAGAGCGACAUGCAGCAAAAAUCCAAGCCUUGGCAAGGGAAAAUGAAGUAUUGAAAGUUCAGCUUAAGAAAUAUGUUUGUGCAGUGCAGAUGCUAAGAAAGGUGGGACAAAAUGACGCAAUCCCAAACCUUCGAAAUAUCGAUGGAGAAAUCAUUCCAGAAGUAAAGCCAGCGGUGGAUCAUGGUGAAUUAGCCAGUUCAUAUGAACAAAAAUUAAUAGAGGUGGCACAAAUGCAUGGGGAGUUGAUAGAAUUUAAUGAAAGGCUUCACCUUACACUCCUUACAAAAGAAGCACUAGUGCUGCAAAUGAGACAGGAACUCAUCGAUCUAAGAGGACCGGUCCCUGGAGAUUUAAGUCAAACAUCAGAAGACCAGAGUUUGUCAGACUUUGAAAUAUCACACCGUGCCCUUGUAAAUGUUUGGAUACCCUCAGUUUUUCUGAGAGGUAAAUCUACUCAUGCCUUUCAUGUUUAUCAGAUAUAUAUCAGGAUUAAAGAUGAUGAGUGGAAUAUUUACAAAAGAUAUGCGGAAUUCCGAAGUUUACAUCAUAAACUGCUAAGCAAGUAUCCAUACGUGAAGACCUUUUACUUUCCACCGAAAAAAGCCAUUGGGAAUAAGGAUGCAAAAUUUGUGGAGGAACGCAGAAAGCAACUACAGGUCUACCUUAGAAAUGUCAUGAACAAGGUCAUCCAAACUUUGCCAGAUUUUGUUGCCAAACCGAACAAAGACAGAUUGACAGAGAUCAUGCCUUUUUUCGUAUCAGAAUGAACAGGCUUUAUUGCUGUUAUACAUGUUCUGAAGUCAAUGCAUUGCUCAACCUUGGAUCUGCUGCAUCUGGAGGAUGUAACCUAAAUCUAGCAGUCAGGCGUUCUGACUGCUAAACAAUAUUUUGCGUAUUCUAUGUCUAUUGAGUGUAAAGGCAGUAAAGAGCAGAACACCCCAAUACGGACCGUUUCUCAAGGCAACAAAUGACUAGUGACCAAAUUAAAUAAACCGGAUGCCCCUAGAAUUAUUGGUUUGAUCAAGUGAUGAUCCACUAAUCCCUUAGUAACUUGACAAAUAAUUUCAUUGGUUAUGCGGCCUUUGAAGUUUUUGCAAAUGCAAAAGCACAUGCAUUUUAGGCAUCUUAUUUUAAUUAAGACAUGUGCACUUUCAUAUUUUUUUUUUUUUAAUCUCUUUAUUAAAUGUUUUCUUUACAUAUAACAUUUAACAUGCCUUGACAUUUCAAAGGUAGCUCGAUACCACCUUUCUUUACUAUAUGGUGGUUUUUCCGAAUCCUCCCCAAAAAACAAAAAAAGGGGGGGAGGAGGGGGAGGGGAGAGCGCAGAAAAGUGUUUGUGACAUGCGUACUUACUUGAAAGUUAACAUCUAUAGGAUUUUGUUGUUAAUCAGGUUUCCAAAGUAGCCUAUUUGAUUUUCUAUUAUCGCUGGAUAUUGUAAACUUAAAUUUUAACCAAUAAAUCAACCCAAUAGUGAUAAUUGAUUAUUGACUGAUCACUGAUGGGUGGUUCAGUCUG